GGAGCCAAACCGCAUAUAGCCUGGCCAAACAACAAACAGAAAGAAAAAAAAAUCUGCCUGUUAGUAGCAAAUUGGCUUUCGCGCUGGGUGUUUCGUAGCCGUGGUUCGCGCUUUUCGGUGAAGUUUCCGUCACUGUGGACUUCGAACGUCGCGCCGAUCGAUCGGACACUGUGGAUUACUGUGUGUUGUUGGUUGGACUUUAGGUCCCGCAGUCUUCGCAGGUUCUCUCAUCUUUCGGGGUUCAUUGUUCGGGAAAGGCGACUGUGUUUUUUUUUCGGGGUGUUACAGCAGAGUAUGCAGACAGAGGUGAUGACCUGAGCGAUGGUGGUUGCUAGUGUUGAAGUCCGAUAAUUAUACACAUUUUUGUAGCCUCUCCCGAGAUCCGAUUGGGGAGUGCAAUAGGUUUUUUGCCCCGCUUCACAACUAGUGGCUGGUAUACGGUGGAGGAGUGCGGAAGUUCCGUGUGCCGUCGUUCGACGUCGUGCAACUCCGGUGUGCCGUCGAAGUGAGUGUAGUUAAUCAAACGAGAGUUUGUAGCGUUCGUUGUUCGUGGCUUUGGAAGUGAGAUGUUUUGAUUGCCAGGAAGAUUUCUAAAGUGAAGAAGAAGAAAAUGGUGCUUACGGUUGCUAAUGUGUGAAUAAUCAUCCGUCCCGGUUGACCACCACACCAGGCCGGUAAAAAGCCUUCAAUUGCGGGGUGGUGUGGCCACGCGAAUGAGUUCUUAAUAUCUGGUGCAAAUAAGCAUAAUUGGAUGAAGAUGUUAUUGCAGUCUAACAGUGUGUGAAAAAGCGAGCCACCGAGAGAUGUGUAAUGAAGGUUUUGUUUGGCAGUAAGGUGACCACCGGUGCGGAUCUGUUAGCCGCCUAGUUCAAGGCGGAUGACCAGGUUAAUUGUGUGUGUGUGUGCAAGUGUGUGUCUACAACUGGAUCGCGUUGGCGGCGAAAACGCCUUAUUUGUGUGUAAGCCAUGAGCAUCAAUGAGUCCAACGAUUACAGCUACAAGUCGAGCAAAAUGGUGCUGCUGAAGGAUUUGACGGCCAAGCUGAAAGGAUAUUUGUUCACUGGGGAUUACAUCAAACACCCGGUGCUGUACGAGCUCAGCCACAAGUAUGGACUGGCGGAUAACCUGCCGGAGAGCCUACUGCCGAACCGGCUGGAGGAGAUCAAAGAGGCCAUCAGGCGCGAGAUUAGGAAAGAGCUUAAAAUCAAGGAGGGAGCGGAGAAACUUCGCGAAGUGGCCACCGACCGGCGAUCCCUGUCCGACGUAGCGUCGAUAGUGAAAAAGAGCAACAACAAGCUGGCGGAACUCAAAUCGGAACUGCACGAGCUGGAGAGCCAAAUCAUACUGACACAGGGCAACAGUGUCAGUAGCAGUAACGGACAAGAUAUGAUCCCCUCGCCGGUCACACCGAGCGGCCCGGAAGUGACGCAAAACGACAAGCUGCUCACCUCGCUGGAAAAGCAGCUCAGUAUAGAGACCAAGGUGAAAAACGGGGCGGAAAAUAUGAUCCAAUCCAUCUCCAGUGGCCACCACGGACGGGACAAAAAGCUGCUAGCCGAGGCGCACCAGAUGCUGGCCGAUUCCAAAGCAAAGAUCGAGUUCCUUCGGUUGCGGAUAUUGAAGGUGCGCCAGAACAAGCUCAAUCAUAAAGUGUCCGAAGAGAAUGGAGAGAACAAACAGCGCGAGCUGGAGAAUUCGCUCGAGGAUCGCAUCGAUGAACUGCGGCACCGGCUGCGAAUCGAGGCGGCCGUGGUGGACGGAGCGAAGAACGUUAUCCGGACGUUGCAGAGUACAAAGACUAUCGACAAAAAGGCACUGCAAGAGGCACAAACCCGUCUAUCGGAAUCCUCCCGCAAGUUAGACCUGCUGCGAAAGGCUCUAGAGUUGCGGCGGCUGGAGCUACCUCAGGAUUCGCAAGCGGCGAUACAGCUCAAAGCCGAACUGCAGAAUGUGCAAGCCUCCAGUCCGGUUCCCGUGCAGUACACCUCCCUACACCCGUUCCGUGGUUCUACUCAAGGGAAACCGGCUCACAGUUUAUCAUUUAGCCGGUGUGCUGCCGUAACGGGGAAGCUUGAAGUACGUCUGAUGGGUUGUCAAGAUUUGCUAGAGGACGUGCCGGGGCGUUCGCGGCGGGACAAAGACUCCAGCUCGAGCCCCGGAGAUUUGAAGAGCUUCGUCAAGGGCGUCACGAGCCGGAGCUCGUCAAAGAGUUAUAGCGUUAAGGAUGAAACAUCGUCGGAGAUUAUGGCUGUUAUUAAGUUAGACAACAUCACGGUAGGUCAGACCUCGUGGAGGCCCUGCUCGCAGCAGGCAUGGGAUCAGCGCUUCUCGAUAGACCUAGACCGAUCGCGAGAGCUGGAGAUCGGUAUCUACUGGCGAGACUGGCGUUCACUGUGCGCCGUAAAAUUUCUUCGGCUCGAGGAAUUCAUUGACGAUAUUCGGCAUGGGAUGGCACUGCAGCUGGAACCGCAGGGUCUACUUUUCGCCGAGAUCAAAUUCCUCAAUCCGAUGAUAUCGCGCAAGCCAAAGCUGCAACGGCAGAGGAUGAUAUUCAACAAGCAACAGGUAAAGAACAUCCCACGUGCCAAACAGAUGAACAUCAACAUAGCAACGUGGGGUCGCUUGCUGAAACGUAACACAAAUACACCGACGGCUGGAACCGCCGGUGCACAGCCUAUGAUCACUACACCAUCCACACCGAGCACAGCGUCGAUUACAUUUGAUCCCAUCACGGAACAUGACCCAGUUGAAACGUUGGGAGAAUCCGCUGAUUUUAAUACCGUUGGUCUGGGUGGUGGCCGGCCACUUGGUAUCCACGGUGUCGGCGUUCUUCCGGAAAGUCCCUCAUCACAUUCACUGCAGAAUCAGCUCAUUUCUUCGGGAACCCCGAUAGGAAUGCGACCGCCACAGCAGCCACAAUCAAUCAGCACUCCGCCGAGCUUCCGCCAAAAGAAACCACCAAUGCCAUCACCUCCAUCACAACCGAUUACAUCCCCGAUAGCAGUCGCACCCGGCAAAAUGGAUCAGGAGUUGCAGAAUGCCCUAAGGGAGUUCGAUUUCCUGCACCAGCACGAAAGUACAGGCGGUGAAAGUGUACUAGCUCAGCAGCAGACCGUUGUGGGUCAAUACCACGAGAUGGCACCACAGUUCGCUAGCAAGUAUUCCCACCAGCCAGAAGCAGAGGAAGACGACAGUGAGGACUACGACAUACCGCCACCACCGCUUCCGGAGUCACCACCGCCAACGCUACAGAAAAGCCUCUCGGGAGACCUGUUGCGACCGGUUCUCUCGAUGCCACCGGUAGUGCUCAUGGGUGGCGGAAAUGGUGGUGGUGGUUUCAGCAAUCGGGAUAGUUACAUUUCCUACACGGGCACGCCGAUCAUCGAGGAACCUCCGUCGCCGGCUCCGACCGUGACAUAUCCGUUCGAGGAUUACGAUGCGUACUCCGUAACGACACCCGGUGGUUGCUGCAUCGUCGAUGGUGGUGGUGGUGGCGGAACGUACGACGAGAUAAUCGAGAUUAUUCAACCAUUCGAGCAACUGGGCGUUUCGGGCAAUGUCGUACCACUGCAACCACAUCACCUCUCACAAGUUCAACCGUCGGCGGCAGCCGCAGCAGCCGCCCUUCAACAGCAACAGUACUACCAACAACAGCUUCUGUUACAACAGCAACAACAACAACAACAACACCACCUGCAGCAGCAGCAGCAACUGCAGCCACAUCACCAUCAAGCUCCUCCGCUACCGCACCAACCACCACAUCCACUCGAUCUGGCCGUCGCCGGACCAGCAGUGGCGGCGCCAAACAGACGGCAAGGACCCGCCCGGACCCUUCAGUAUCGGGACAGUGCAUACGAAAGCCGCCGACAGUCACAGACCGGAGCCACCGGGAUGAACAUCGAAAGCUUCCAGCUGCUCAGCGUGCUCGGUCGGGGUCACUUCGGCAAGGUUAUUCUGGCACAGUACAAAAACACCGGCGAGUACUUUGCCAUCAAGGCGCUGAAAAAGGGUGACAUCAUUGCCCGGGACGAGGUGGAAUCGUUGCUCAGCGAGAAGCGUAUCUUCGAGGUGGCCAAUACAAUGCGGCAUCCGUUCCUGGUGAAUCUGUUUGCAUGCUUCCAGACUGAGCAACACGUCUGCUUCGUGAUGGAAUAUGCCGCCGGGGGAGACCUGAUGAUGCACAUACACACGGACGUGUUUUCGGAACCUCGAGCAGUAUUUUACGCAGCGUGUGUGGUGUUAGGUUUGCAGUAUCUGCACGAGAGUAAGAUCAUCUACCGUGAUCUGAAGCUGGACAAUCUGCUGCUAGAUACGGAAGGUUACGUGAAAAUUGCUGACUUUGGUUUGUGUAAGGAGGGCAUGGGUUUCGGCGACCGGACAGGAACCUUCUGUGGCACACCAGAGUUUUUGGCCCCUGAGGUACUGACCGAAACUUCCUAUACACGCGCCGUCGAUUGGUGGGGCCUCGGUGUACUAAUAUUUGAAAUGCUUGUGGGAGAGUCACCAUUCCCCGGUGAUGACGAGGAGGAAGUUUUCGACUCGAUCGUUAAUGAUGAGGUUCGAUACCCGAGGUUCCUAUCGCUGGAAGCGAUAGCUAUCAUGAGAAGGCUACUUCGCAAAAAUCCGGAACGACGCCUGGGAUCUUCGGAACGAGACGCAGAGGAUGUCAAACGACAGGCAUUCUUCCGAAACAUUGUCUGGGACGAUUUGUUGCUCAGGAAAGUGAAACCUCCGUUUGUGCCAACUAUUCGCUCGCCGGAGGACGUAUCCAACUUUGACGAGGAGUUUACGUCGGAAAAGCCACAGUUGACGCCACCAAAGGAUCCGCGGAUCCUAACCGAGAACGAACAGACUUACUUCAAGGAUUUUACCUACACGGCGGACUGGUGUUGACAGUGAAUAUGGCGUGUAAAAUAGUCUUCUGCUUGUUUUUGUAUCUGUCCUUCCUACACUCCUAUCAACCAUCACUGUUCAAAUUCACAACGAGAACCGUGCGAAUUUGGGCAGAGCAGUUUUCCUUAUUUUAACUAGUAGAAAAAAGAGCAUGUAAAGUCGCACUGUUAUCAGAUUGUUAAUAUAACAUAGUUAUCGUGGCAGGUUUACUACAAAAAUAUACAAGUAUAUGUGUGAUUUUUUCUUGAUACAAAAAGAGAGAGUCGAUAAGCGCGUUUGGUAAUCGAAAAGUCUUCCGAAAGUUGAUAACAAACUAAGACAUAAAGCAUCCGGCAAAUCACUGAAAUCAUGCAUCAUCAUUCAUUGUGUUGUAAAUGUGCAUAUUUUUCUUCUCUUUUUUUGUGAGCGAAUUUAAGCUUAGCAGUUAUUAUUGAAAGAAGCAGACACACAUACGCAUAAGCCCAUGCAAACACAUUUACUAGCAACCGAAAAGUAAUGAUAAGGUGCCUUUUUUAAAAUAUUGUUGUUAAAAUUGUUCGGGAUACCGCGGCGAGGAAAAGGACCCACUGUAGAGUGACAAGUAGAGCGUUAGAAAUAUUGAAAUUAGUUGAUAGUCUUUUUCUUUCUCUAGUGGAUACGUUUUUUUUUGUAUUAUAGUAAACAGAUUGACUUAAAACACACAAACACGUUCUAUUUUGGACAGUUUCCCCGCAGGAAUUAAAACGGAAAUCAAUCACUCAGACAGCUAGCUAUCGUAACGGAAGGAGUAUCACAUAAGAGUUAAUCCAGCAUAUUUUAGACCAUCCUUAUUUAUACGAAUGUCCAACUCAAUUCCGUUGGUACAUAUUAGGCAAAACAUCUGUUCUCCAAUUAUUAUUUUUAGUACCCUUACCGCUAUUUAGGUUAGGUGUCUUAGGUAAACACGAAAAUAUGAUAACUAUUCGAAGCUUGCAAGUGAACUCAGUUGCUGCUGAUGUUAGCGUUGUUUAUUUCUAAUGUUAUAUUUUACACCAACAACACAAAACACAUACAUGCACCCACGCAACCACGUGAUUUUAACAUAUAUGAACGGUUGAAUGGAACAGGUAAACGAGUAUGGCGGAUUGAUGCGCAAGAACAGCAAAAUCUAGACGAAAAGAUGAAUUGUACUAAUAGUUGUUUAAUGAUGAAAAACCAAUUUAUGCAUUUUCGAGAAUAACAAAUACACCCGAAUCAGUACUAAAGUUAAA